UAAAAACCAACGAAAAAAGAAAGAAAGAAUAUGUUUGUAUGGUGGAUAUUGCAGCAUAACCAGACCUGCCAUGCUCAAGGACGAGAGAGACAGCCAGCUUGAAAACUGCUAGAGAGAGAAAGUAGCUUGAAGGAGAGAAAUGGUCGUAGUGUUUUUCUGAAGGGGGUUUAAGAGAGGGUUUUAGGUCUACCAACUGGUUGUUAGGGAUUGAACUCCUUAACCAAAUCCUCAAUCUUCAACAGCCAAACAAAGAGCCCUCAAGAAUUCACAACAACAACAUCAACAAGAGAUAGAAUUAGAAGCAACAUCAGCCACAACAAGAACAAGAAGUCAAGCACCAACUACUACUUCUUCUUGCACAACUGAAUUAUCAAGCAAAGAAAGAACCCUAAAGCCAAAGAAACAAGAAAAAGAUACACACCUUGAAAGCUAUCAUUUCUUUUGAGACAGAGGCAGAGAGAUGCUCACGUGGGGUUUUAAUGGAAUGAUUGGUAGAAAGAAUAUAUGAUGAGAUAAAAGAGAUAGAAAAAAGAGAGAAAAUUCAUUGCUGUUUCUGCUCUCAAUUAUUAUUACCUCUUUCUUUUAGAGGAAAAAAAAUAAAAUAAAAAAAGCUGAAGCUUUUCUUCUCCUGGGAUGUAUGUGUAUGUAUGAUGCGUACAUACAUAGGAUUAUUUAAUGAAAAGUGAAGGGUUGUGUUGUCGUUGUUUUGUUGUAUUGGGAUCAUCAGAUUUGUGUAUCAGCAGAUCAAGUUGUGUCUUCGAGAUUUUCUGUUCCCUAAAACACCCACAAGUGUUACUGGUUUCAAGUUCCCUGAGCGGUAUGUGAUUGGGCUUGCAUAACCAGGCAGGAAAGUCACAAAGUUUAAAUACAAUGGCUACCUAUUACACCAGUUCGAAUAAUCAAAGAGACGCAGCUGCAAUGGUAUAUCUGCCAGGUUCAUAUCCAGAAGCACCGGUUCUUCAUGGCAAUAUGAUGAUGUACAUGAAUUCUGGAUCUUACUCGGAUAAUUUGGCUGGGAAUUCUCACCAUCAAAACAACUGUAUUGAAUUUCAGUCCGUGGAGAAUUCUGCAAACCCACAACAACAAGAAAUCCUGUCAAAUCUGGGUGGAUCACGAAUAGGGGAGCAUGAUUUUGGUGCAUGGAGGGAUGGUAGAAAUGAGAUGCUAGUCAUGCAGUCAGUGAGCGGUGCUUCCAGCAUUCUUAACGGUGCGCAGAGUUUGCAGGGCCAGGGUUUAUCUCUUAGUCUUGGCACCCAAAUCCCUUCUGGAACGCAAAUGCCUUCUAUUCCUUACCGGAAUUCCAAUCCAGGACUCACUUCAUUCUUGAGUCCUAAUUUUUCCAUUUCGGGGGAGGGUGGUGGCAGGAAUGGCUCUUCCAGAGAUGAACAGUCGAGAAAUAUUGAAUAUUUGACGCCUGUUUUUUCUGGAGGCAAUCACGAUGUGAAUAAAGGUGAUUUGUCCCCCUAUGGAAUGAAUAGCGUUGGAAGAACGAUUCCCAAUUCCAAGUACCUGAAGGCUGCACAACAACUACUUGAUGAAGUUGUCAAUGUUCAAAAAGCUCUAAAGCAGCCUGAUAAAGAGAAAAACCAGACCACGAGUGAACAUGGACUGAACAGUGCAAAAGAGGGUGAUAGUGGAUCAAAGAAUGGGGCUUCAAACCCUCAAGAAUCCACCAACUCUCCAAGUGAGCUUUCGCAUGCUGAAAGACAAGAAUUGCAGAACAAGUUGACAAAACUUUUAUCCAUGCUAGACGAGGUUGAUAGACGAUACAAACAAUAUUACCAUCAGAUGCAAAUUGUGGUGUCUUCAUUUGAUGUGAUAGCAGGAUGUGGAGCAGCUAAACCAUACAUAGCACUCGCCCUGCAGACUAUUUCACAACACUUUCGGUGCUUGCGUGAUGCAAUAACUGGCCAAAUUCGUGCAACCCGUAAUAACCUCGGGGAACAAGAAACCUCAGAAAAUAGUAAAGGAGUUGGAAUAUCACGACUUCGGUAUGUGGACCAGCAGCUUAGGCAACAGAGGGCUCUCCAGCAACUUGGUAUGAUGAAACAGCAUGCGUGGAGGCCACAAAGGGGUCUGCCUGAAAGCUCUGUUUCAAUUCUUCGUGCUUGGCUGUUUGAGCAUUUUCUCCAUCCUUAUCCAAAGGAUUCUGAUAAGAUCAUGCUAGCAAGGCAGACAGGCUUGACUAGAAGUCAGGUAUCAAACUGGUUCAUUAAUGCACGAGUGCGUCUCUGGAAGCCCAUGGUUGAAGAGAUGUACAAGGAAGAGCUUGGUGAUGCAGAGAUGGACUCUAAUUCGUCUUCUGAAAAUGCAGCCAAAGCAACAAAAGGUGACAUGGGGACCUCUGAAGAAAAGGGGGAAGAAUUCCAACAAAGCGCUAGUUCCACAGCCACUGGAAGAUGCAGUGGAGGACAAUUGAUGGAUUCCAAGUCUGACCAUGUUCCUGAGGUGGAAAUGGCAGGAACAACUGCGAGAAGCAACUUCCAUAAUGGCACACGUGGUGAGACUUUUACCGAGUAUGGAUUACUAAAGUUGAGGGAGGACCAAAGGCCUAGUAUGGAGGACUGUAGUCUCUUCUCUGAUGCCAUGGCUCACUCUGAGGGGGGUGGUGAUAGGUUUAUGGCAGCAGCUGCUGCUGCUUACCAAAUGUCAGAGGUGAGGAGGUUUGGAAAUGGAAGUGGGGUAUCUCUUACAUUAGGAUUGCAGCACUGCGAGGGUGGUAGCCUUCCAAUGUCGGGUACAACACAUCAUGGUUUUGUUUCCGUGAGAGGGGAUGAUGAUAUCUACAAUGCAGCAUCUUCGGUGGGGGCUGGGCCCACAGAUUUUGAAUGCUUAAAUCCAGGGAACCGGCAACACAGAUUCAGUUCCUCACAUGUAUUUCAUGAUUUCGUUGCUUGAAACAAUUGAUCGAGGAAUUUACACGGGAAUAUGAGAUUACUUAUGAAACAGUAGCUCCCAAACUUUUGUUGUUCCAGUAGGAACAUUCAUCUCACUUUCGUAUGGUUAAAGGAAGGUUGUGUAUAAAACAGAGUUGUUGUAGUAUACCAUAAGAAUUGGUUGGCAGGUUAGCAUAUUGUAAAGAAGUGACGUCUUUGGUAUUGGAAAAGAAAGCUCGGUUUGAAAUAAAGAGUUGCGAAUGGCUCGUUCUUGGA